AUAGCUGGACAAACGCGACCACGACGCUUAUGUUUUUCAGUCUCAACGUUUCGGCAGACAAACACUGGAUUUAUCCGUUUUUUCAGUCAAUAACAGGAGAAAAAUAACUAAGGAGACCACUGUUUAUUUACCAUAGUGGAGAAAACAGGAACAUUGUAUUCUCUGCGCUUUUUUCUUGAGACAUCCGGGACCGGAAAAGAGCAGUUUUCACCCCAGUACCGACAGCUUGUUUGUGGAUUCCCCCACUACUGGCACUUGAAGUUGUGUGAGCCGGCUGAGAUGAGCGGUCCAGAGGUGGCCAAGACACCGGGAGGCGGUGCUCCAGGCAAGGAGGGAAAGGAGCCGGUGGCCAAUGGGCAUGCAGGAGAGGGCAGCGACGCCAACCCGUUCGCCGAGUACAUGUGGAUGGAGAAUGAAGAGGAGUAUAACAGACAGGUGGAGGAGGAGCUGUUGGAGCAAGAAUUCUUGGAGCGCUGCUUCCAGGAAAUGCUUGAGGAGGAGGACCAGGAUUGGUUCAUCCCGUCGCGUGACCUCAACAACCAGGGGAUGGGGCAGCUGCAGCAGCAGCUCAACAGCCUGUCCGUCAGCGAUCACCACAACCUGGAGGAAGUGGCGAGGAAGAGCAUCUUGAAUCCUGAAGCGAAGGAGUUUGUUCCGGGGAAGAAAUACUAGGAGUCCCCCUCACCCCCAUGGAGCCUCCACACACACAAACACACACCAGUCCUCACAUGUUCUCAGAGACUCUGGAGGCCACCAUCGUGGACACACUGAUUCUUACACAUACACACACACGCACACACUUGAAGUCAGUGGCGUGCUGGCAGGCCCAGUUGGGGGGUGGGGGGAUUUCUUUUUUUUUUCUCUAUUCUUUUCUUUAUGUUUCUUUAAUCUUUUUAUUUCCUGUUUGUUUCUUGUAAACUGAGGGACAUUGGGAACAGGGGUGGGGGAGGGGUGUAAUAACAGAACAGCCCCACUGCGGGUUCCAGCUCAUCCCAUUUCAGAUGACACCGCCGAUGUUUCGCAGAGUCCGCCGAGCUCAUCUAAGUCCCCUUUUGAACCGAGGCAGCUACCAAGGAGUGAUGCCGGGGUAAAACUUAAAACGAAUCCAGAACAUCUAAAAAAUUCAUUCACGCCCUCGUUCAUCGAGGGUUUCCAUGACAGUGAGCUUAGAGAACGACUCACACUUCAGGGGACUUGAUGGGCAUCUGCUGCUGCUCUGCAGAGUCAUCGCGGUCAAGCAAACCCGCCAAAACAUUUGCUCCUAUGAUGUCCCUGUGACAUCACAGCCCUUGUGCAUCGAGAGAUGCGGGUCGUUAUUUGUAUCCGCAGCGGCUCCGUUCCAAACCAAAUACAGACCCCCCGCCCUCCCUGUGCACUUUGUGUGACCAGAAAAGACAUGGACACGUGUACUCAUGGAUGAAUUAUUAUUUUUCCCAAUUUAUGUGGAAGUCCAUGUUUCUCUUUUGUCCAGUUUAUAAGAACAGAGAUGUGAGUUCCCAUUUAUGCAUCAAGUCGAGCUUAGCAAGGAUCAUGUCGAUAUAGAGGGAUGGUCAGGGCUUUUUGAACCUUAAAAAAAUUCAGUUAAGUCGUUUCUAUGUUCGUCGUUUCAGUCUUUGGUUCCGUUUGGAUUCACGACAUGUAUUGAGCAACCUUGUUACAGGGGAGUGUUUGGUCUGGAACACAGCCACUGCCUCUUUCUGCCAGAACAACUUGGUUUGUCCAGCGUCAGAUCAAGUGUGCAUCUCCAAAAUCAGGUUUUCAAACAGCCUCUCCUCCUCUUUUCUUCUUUUUUUUUUUUUGUUUUUCCUUCAUGUUUUUGAGGACGAGGUGUUUUGUGUCUCUACUGGGUACAGUAACCUGCGGUGUCCAUUCAGUCCUAUUUGUAUGAGGAAAGCGUUAGGAGGCAGUAUUGCUCACAAGCCAAUCAGAAUAAAGCAGUAUGGGACACGUGGCCGACGGCAUGGCCUCUUUGCUCAUCUUCUCUUUGCAGGUUGACUGUUUUUUGAGGAAGUUCGUCUAUUUAACCACUGAAAUAGUAAGAGAUUAUGAUUUUCAGGAAAACCAUUUACAGUAAUCAUUAAUUAUUGAGUCAAGUUUUCGUCUUCUCUGCCAAAAUUUGGAGGCAGCAUUGUCACAAGGGGAAAUGUGAUCUGAACAUCAGUCGUCUUUAUACCGCUAUUACUUUGUGGUAUAAACGGCGACAUUAAUGUCUCCUGAGGUUCAGCGCACACACUCGUGCACUGGCGUUUGGCCUCUGAAAGGUGAAAGCGCUUCAGUCUGUCCAUCCCUGCAGCUCGCAGAGAAUCGAGCGCUCGAGUGUCUCGUUGAAGCCGCGCAGCAGAGACGGCGAAUACGCGGUUAAAAAGGGGAACUUCCUCACAGUGUUGGACCACAGAUGUCGAAUGGCACCCUGGUGAAGCCAAUAGGAAUGUCCGCCAGGUGGAUUGUACAACAUGGAAAUCAUUUUUGGUGAUUUUUGUUCGAGUUAGAUGACAGAUGCCGUUUAAGGAAAAAAAAAAAAAGAGGUCCAGAAGACACAGAGUAUGAAUUUCAAUACAAAUAAAAAUAAUGAAAAAAGAUGAAUAAAGAUGUUAAAGACAAA